AUGGAGGCCACGCCUGCAACCUGCUGCUCCCGUCUCUUGGGGGGAGAGGGAUCGGUUGCUGCUUCUGGGCGGCGGCGUGCUCUCUCCCUCUCCACCGCUUGUAGGAAGUUCCGCGAGACUGCAGAUGCCCGGCCUCGCGCUCGGAGAGCAGGAUCAGCGGUCGUCCUCGCGGCCUCCUCGUCUCCUUCCUUCGAUCUCUCCCCUCCACCCAUCGACUACGAUGGAGAUGAUCUCCAGGUACGACUGUUUCUUCUCUCUCUCGCCAUCACUUCAGAUAAUUUCCGUUUAGCGUCUACGAUUCCCUCUAGACUUUAACCGCGGGAGAUGAAAUUCGCCGCGUCAUAUCGCAGUAGUGUUGCGAGAAAUGUGCAGUCAUGUAUCUUUUUCAGGAUAUUUUAUGACCGUAAGAAGGCUCCUGACAUUUUCGGCGCCUGCUCCCCGGUGCGGACUUUGAGUCGUCGACGCCUUCUGUGCCACUCAAUUUCCCCUUUUUAUAGAGAGGCUUAGGCGAAAAUAACAGUGCAGGAGAUGAAAUCUUGGUGUAUCGUUCUGGAACUCUUUGAGAAUUCUCCCAAACGUUGUCAGCAACUAUGUUGUAAAAAAAAGCAAAUAUCUGAAGCAAUUGAUUGCUUUGAAUUGCACAAACCAGUCAAUGGUCCAUAACAUAUGCUAGACAUGCUGUCGUUUAAAAGUACUCACUUUUUGCGAAACUCAUACGAAUGAGUGAAAGCGAAUUUUUUCAAAGGAAGAAACUCCUCUCUCGUCCUUGAAGUCACAUAGCUAGAUGGCUAAUAUGUAUUCUAUAAUUGUAGGGGCUUUAUUUCACCGAUUUAAUCUUUACGUUGAUCUUCAAGCCUUACAGAAUCUUCAAGCUUUAUUUCAAGCCUUAAUUCUAUAUAUCUGAUAAUGGCUUGUAACUUGAGACUGCGUUCCCUAAAGAUUUAAGUUGAUCGUCUUUUCCACAUUUGAUGCGCCAAAAUAGGUGCGACACUCUUUAAAUCUGGUGGUUGAGAAUGGUUGGUAGCUGGUUGGCAGAGGAAGGUGCCAGGUUCUUUGCUUUGACUAAUUGUUGGUUGUCUUUAUAGGUUCAUAAAUUAGUGACGGAGAUAUGGACUCUUAAGUGUAGAGACAAAUUAUGCAGCAUAAUCUAUGGCACUAUUCUCACAAGAUACAAUGUUCAUGUGUAUGUGCAGCGCGAUAGGCCUCUAAUCAGGCCAUAUUAGCAUUGAUAUUUUAUUGAUGGUUGUAUUGAGAUCUAUUAGAAAAACUUUUGAUCAAACCAGCGCCAGAUAGCAAUCUGUUUCUAUUUUGGCGUUGAUAAAUAUAGUUUAUUCUAACAUCGACGUGGAAAUAAUUUUUUUUUCGGAAUAGUAAUUGAUGUUCAUCAAUUCCAUUUUCUUCACUUCAUGAUUAAGAAAAACAUGUUCUUGAACCAGAAACUUCACUUCACUGAUACGUAGUUCACUUUUAACUAGUUUAACGUAGGGUGGAUUUGUCUCAAACUCGAGCACAGUUCAUCGUCACUUCGGUCAAUUGACAAAGGCUUGUAGAGAGUCAAGGAAGGAGACAUAGUCUUAGGGGUGGAAAAGUUUACAGGAUAUCUAAUUUGAGGGACCAUACUCAUUCCUUCUUAUUCAUAAUUAAGUAGACUACAUUCGCCUUUUAUUAGGUCAUUUGGUAUAAAGGCUUAGACUUUUUGUUUGUAUGAUAGGAAUGGAUCCUGUGCAGCAAGCAGUAGAGAAAAGGGGGAUAAUUGACAGUGGAUGGGUCCUUGAUUACGGAUGGUCAAAUAAAUCAGCAUUUUUUACUCUAGGAUAAAAACCUUGUCGCCAAAGAUUGUAGUCAUUCCAAGUUCAGACUUUAGGGCUAGGGAAAAACCUGUUCGACUUAUUGUCUCAUUGCACUCAUUUUAAGGUGACAGAUAUACUGCCUUACAGGUAUAAGAGAGCCACCUCCGCCAGAAAUACUUGAUUGCCACAUUUCUGCAUCCUCAGUGUCAAGUCAAUCUUUUCCCAAAACCCAUAGUCUAAGGACUUGCUUAAAUGUUACCUUCUGUUAUUUUAUUCUCAUUUCUUGAGGUAUUGGUGUACAAAGUGUAGAACCGAAAAUUUUCCGUUCAUUUUUUUGCAGUUUGGUCCGUCACCUUCAGGAGCAGAAGAUUUGCCAGAUACUGCUAUUGGAUCAUUUGCAGAUGACAAUACGGCCCUUAAUGCAGCAUAUGAUGGAGUUGCGGUAUUUUAAAAAUACCUUUAGUAUUAUUCAAAUCUUUGUUUCCCAAUUCAAAUUGAUAGUUUCCUUUCUUUUCAGUUUUGGACAUUCAAAAGUUUAUUGGUGUAAUCCUUGAAUAUCUUUUUCCCUAAAAAAUAAUGUUGAAACCCAGACAGCUACUCGUUGACUUUGGAAAUAUGCGCAUCCUGUGUAAUUUCCCUAGAGUCAAAAAUAUGAAAAAUCAUUCGAGUUUAUGUGCAUUAUAUUGUAUUGAAACUGGUGCUAUCACAUGUUCAUCAUUAUUUUCUCGUUUAUGAGAGUCACUCAAAUUUAAUUCAUCAUCCUGGUCGAGGAAUACCACAUUCUGCUCUACAACAUUGCAGGUAUCUCAUCAUGAGCGUUCGUGGAUGUACAUAGAGAUACAUGUAUUUUUUACCCAGUUGAUUUAGAACUGAUAUCUGUAUUUUAUAGACAUGAGUGUGUAGAGAUGACUUGAUUUACUGGGAAGAUAAAAACGUUGAGUCUUCUGAUUGUUGGUGAUGUAAUGAACGUCAUUGGUCCUGAGUGUUUCUUAUUCUAAAACAUAUACGUCAUUCUGAUAUGAUAUUAAUAACUGGCAUACUUUUCAAUUUAUACUUUUUUCAUGCAUUAUGGAUUGUCUUUAUCAAAUUUUGCUCUCUAUUCAAUAUUUCCUUAUAUGUAUUUACUUUAUUUUUAGUAUACUUUUAAUUGAGGGAAGAAAUGUGGAUAUAUAUAUUAGUAAAUUUGGGAGUUCAAUAUUCAAAAGUCUCAAGUUUUCAAAGAAUCUCCACCCAUGUUGAACAAACCUCGUGACUCUUUGUCCCAACCCAUUGGCAUCGAUCUCUAAGGACAGUGAAUUACUGCUACAUUCUCAAAACUAAUACAGUCAGUAACCUUGGUUUAAUUCGCGCAACAAACUUUUGACAUGAUAUUUAUUUUACCCAUUUUCCAUUUUUCAUUUUCCUUGGUUUUUCUUUCUUAUGUUCUCUUCGUUCUGAAUUCUUCUUCUGUGAAUCUAAUUUUUACUGACCCUCCUUUUGGCUUGCCCAAAGGAGGGUCAGUAAUGGUCUGUUUUUUUGAGUGGAGAGUAUGAAUAAUUUGGUCUGUUUACCCAUUCGUCUCUAGGAUGACUAUCAUGUGCUUAUACCAUUUUUUUAUUCUACCAUAAUUGUUUAUUAAUGACUCCCAAUGGACAAACUCGGGAAAUUUAUUUUUAUUGAAGAGGAUUAUGCUAUGCACAUGGUGUAACCAAAUAUUUGAUGAUAAGGUGAGUAUGGCUUGUUCUUUUGGUGGGAGAAGUGCAUUGCAGUGGGAUUACCCUAUACCGAGCUAUGUUUAAAUAUUUAGUUAAUGUCGAAUCAUUUUCCUUUUCAUUUGGUAAUUUAUUCUUUUAUUUUCUCCUUGUAUCAGUUCUUUUUUUUUGCAUUUUUCCUUUAUUUCAUAUUUUUCUCUGAAGCUAUGAUCUUGAAUAUUUAUUUGGAAAUGAUUUUUGGUGAGCUAAUGAUAAAUAGCUUGGUGGGUUCUAGGCAUGGGGGGCAAUGAAUCAGUACAAGGAUUACCGUUAUCAGAGAAAACCUCCAAUAACGCGACCAAUUUUGCUUUCAGAAGACACUUCCCACGAAAGUACUGAGCCUUGUGGGUCAUGCUGAAUUUUAGUGGCAUCGUCUCACUUUUGUGUCUGAGAAGAAGAAAAUUCCUUUUCGUCAUUCAUUGUUGUAUGUUGUGAGACAUUUGGGGAAUAUAUGAUUGGACUGUACUCAAGUAAGUCGACAUAUUUAGGGUCUCAUAUCUCUGGGUAUGUAUUCCCGAGAAUAGAUACCGGAAAUAUGUGACUACAUAUGUUAAUCCUGGGCAAUAUAUCAUCUACAAAAAUCAUUGUCGGAGCAGUAAACAGACUUUCAACGUAGUAGUUGUUUUCUUACAUCUUCACUUGAAAUGUUCUCAACUUUUUGGUAUUCUUAAUAGGUAACUAGAGAUAAUUAUCUUGUCUUUUUUAUAUUUUAUCAUUUAUUUUUCUUUCUCGAGAUGAUUUUUUAUGCGUAAUCUAAUAAGCCUUAAGUUAGUGAAAAAUAGCAUAUUCAUGAAUCUGCUUGCUUUGCGAAAGCCAGUGCUUUCAACAAUCCAUUUACAAAAUGUGUUCAGUGUUUUUUCCUCUAUUGAUCAAUAGAUUGAUAAAAAUUGCAAUCAAAGUGAGCACUGUUGCAUCUUCCAUCUUUGCAGGUAAUAGACCUAACACAUUUUGGCCGCAUUCGAGGUACAUUUUGCUUCAUUAAACUUGUAGAGAUAUGUUAUGUUUGAUAAUUGAGCUGUAUCAACUUAAAAUCAAUUAGCUGUGUGAAGUAGUUAAAGAUCAACCAUCAUAACCAGCGUAUCUUGUUUAUUUGAGUCUGAGAUUAUAUUAGCACGUAUCCACAUAUGAAAGCCAGGUUUUGGGUUUUUAAUAACUUCAGUAGAAAUGACAUAUAUGUUGGAAGAAACCAUCGUUUUUGGUAUUAUGCUGGAAUUUCGGGGCAUUCAACUGAAAACAAAUUGGGGUUGACCAAAGCACGCCUAUAUAUAACCACAAUUAUUUCUAUUUUUUAUUUUUCCAUGACCAGGACUGUUAUCUUGUUCACUGGAAUAAGUCAUGCAUGUAUCAAGUAGCCUUUGAAAAUUAACGCAUUUUAUUCUGUUUGGACUGGUUUUAAACCAAUACGGCUAAAGAUCCUCAUCAAAACUUAUUUUCACUUCUAAAUUAUAUUAUUAAUAUUUAUAUAUUAAGGUUUGUGCAUCUAAAUGAUUUAGCAAGCAUACCUAGUUAAUAAAGUGCAAGAGAAAGAGUGGACUAAAACAUGAUAAAGUGCAUUGGGAUUUAACUGAUAAGGAAAACAUAAAAAAUGAAGAUGUCAUUUGUUAUAAUGAUAAUGUGUAUUCAAGAAAAUUAGUACAACAGCCUACAAUAGCUUGAUUAAUGAAAAGCAUUCUGUCUUUGAGGGAUCAUUCCUGACAUCAGGAAUAUGGUAAAAUAUUGAGUUUGAAAUUGUGUUAAUAAUUAAUUUUAAAAAUAUUAUCAUCCUUUUUGGGAUCAAUUUUUUUUAAAAGUUGCAUCGUUUUAUCCAUUUUAUAAUUCAUGUAUGCAGAUAAAUAUGGAUAGUAGUCAUGUGUCUUAGUGCAUUACAUUAACCAUUCAAUUCUGUAUUUUUUGAUUUUAUAAAUAUAGAAAUCCUUAAAAUCGUCGGUGAUAUCCACUAUUUUAAUGAAAUUUCUUUAAAAUUAUUUCCAAUCUUACUGGGAAAUUUGAUCAAAAAAAUACAGAGAUUGAUUCAGGAAAGUGGAUAGAUAGAAUCGUUUAUUUGUAAAAUGCCAUAUGACUUCAAGUGACUAUAUUCGUUUUCGCUGCUGUUCAAUACAUUGAAAAUGAAUAAUACCCACUUGUUUGUAUCUUAACAGUCAGACCAUGAAGUAAAAACACGAAAUUGAACGGCACUCCAUAUUAUGUAUCAUAAGAAUCAAUCCAGGUGGAGACUUUUGUUACAAGUGAAUUCAUAUUAUUAAAUUCAAGAGGGAGUUUUUAAAUUUAUAUUUGAUAUUGAUGUAAGAGAGCCCUAAGGUUUUUAGUGAAGACUUCUAACUAAUGAACUUGUGGCUACGUCACAUAUUAACAUUCGAAGGAAUGCACCAAUAGUGGGACGAAGGUAAAGAAUCAGAGCAGCUAAUCAGGGAAUGUAAAUUUACAUAUGUUUAUAUUUAUAUAUGUAUAAAAAUGGAUACUACUCACACUCAUAUAAAAAUAGUGUGUAGUCUUUCAUCGUCAAGAUUGCUGAAUCACUUCCUCAUACAAUACGAAGAGAAAAAGCUACAUUCAACAACCCCACGAUAAAUGAAUCACUUCCUCACACAGAAGCCUCACUCACUCAGCAUGUCACAAGCCCGCAUAAAAGCCUUCUUUUGUAAAGGCGCUUUCCUCUUUAAAAAUAUAUUGAUUUUUCACUCCGAAAUCCAAAGAGUGACAUCUGGAGUAACACGUUAUUGAAUUCCACCAAGACAAUUGGUCUGAUUAACUUGACAGGGUGUUUUAGUUAGUCAGCGCUUAGAACCUGAUGACAACUUCUUGUGUUUUUGGGCCUUUUCAGGUAUAGUGUCUUUUGGAGAGACUAGUUUUUUUAGAAACUCAGUAAUUCUGGUGUUGUCUUUUAUUGGGGUUGAGCAGUAUACUGCUUUGUGAUCGUAUAAAGAUGCUCUGCGUCUAUUAUUUCUUUUGCCCUCUUUUCAUUCAGGUCACCAGGGUUUUCCUUUGAAUUAGUUUCUUUUAGGGCUUUGAAUUGUAAAUAUUAUGGUUAUGUUCAGUUUUUCGUCAAAAUGUUUUUACUCAUCACAACCUAAGUAUUUGUACGUUGGUAAAGAUACUGCUGGAGUGAUAGUGCAACUCCUUUGGAGUGUAUACGGUGAUAUCCAGUGCCCAGAAGGAUUGUGAUAAAUUGAAUCAGUUACGUGCCACCUGGUUUUAAGUUAUUUUUCUCGCAAAGGAAUCCUCCAAUAGGGGUUUUGAAUAAGCAUCAACAAUGAAUAAAUCCGCCCGUAACCUGAUUUUACAAGAUUGCGUAAAAUCACAAUUUCAACUUCGUCAAAAUUUUCCACAGAUUUUCUUUAUGUCUCGCUAUAUUUUGUUUUCCGGUUAUAUUUUUGUCACAUGUAAUUUUUUUUUUCUUAGUCAGUGGAGAAGAUCGAGUUCAGUUUCUUCACAAUCAGAGCACUGCAAACUUCCAAUCCCUGUCUGAAGGGCAGGUGUGUCAAGCCUAAGCCAUCCUUUUAAUUUUUCUGUUACUCUGUUUCCAUUGUCUGGCUUUACUAGUGCUGAUCCACAGAAGCUGCAGGGGUGUGAUACAGUUCUUGUUACUCCAACUGCUCGUACUAUUGAUAUACCUCAUGCUUGGGUUAUGGUAAAGUUUCUUUCCUGGAUUGACCAUUUUUCUGAAGAGAUAUUGGAUCUAGUUGCAUCUAUUUUUCUGAAAGGGAUUGGACACUUGUUGAAUUGAUGGUUUAAAGAUCUAUAGUUCCAUUUGGCGUUGGAUUUACAAUACUUAAUUUUUGUGCAUGCAGAAAAAUGCCAUUAUGUUGCUGGUCUCGCCCACAACCUGCAAAACUAUCGUUGAUAUGCUCUCCAGGUCCGUUUGCAAACCUAUGUCUCUUCUCUUCUUCCUGUUAAUCUUAUAAAAUUUGUCAUUUUUUGUCUUUUGAACCAUUCUUGUUUUCUUUCUUACCUAAUCUUCGCUGUUUCUUUCCCUUUAAUUAUUACUCAAUUUUCAUGAUGUUUGUGACAUCAUGCUCAUAAUCCUUCAUCACAUGUUGUUUUUUAGUUUCUAAAAAUGUUGAGAAUGUUUGUACUGUUAUCUUAAAGAUCUAUUGGGUGAUUUCACUCAAACCAGCUCGACCAAGUUUAAUGACUUAAGUUGAUACCCUGGGGUUCUUAAUAGAAUGUAUUUUUUAAUAUAAACACAAUUUUUUGUCUUUAAAAAGGAUUUUAAGAGUUAAGAAUUUGUAGAAGAUGAGAUUUUAUAAAAAAAAUAACUAAUUGAACUCAAUCCUAGACAUUUGAAGCUUCCAGGUGUAGGCGGACGCACUGGCUAAUCCGGUUAGUUGAAUGGGGAAUAGAAAUGGCUAAGGGCAGCAGAGACAGGAAGAGAAUGAAGAUGUGGAUGAUGGCAGGGGUAGGGAAAAGCAACAGAUAACUUUUUAAACCAUAUUUGAAUAGACCAGUCGUUUCACUGGAGAUUGACUGAUUUUGAGGAAUCUUUAUCCCCGUUUUAAAUUUGUUGAAAUAUAUUCGUAUAUCAGGGCUAAGCAAAGAACAUGACGUGGGCUCUGUGAUUGUUGAAAACUUGUAAACACACCUUGAGCUGUCUCGUUUGUGUGUUAUACUCCAUUCUCCAUAUUUCUUCAUGGUAAUAAGGUAGUACACGAAUUUCUGAGAAAAGACCAGUAUCUAAUGAAUACCUUAUCAAGCUCACUUAGCAUAUUUCUUCAUGGUAAUAAGCUCACUACUGAAGAGAGGAAAAGAGGAAGGUUGUUUGAUCGGAAGCCAUAAGCAUAGACAAGGAGAAUACCUCACUUCAGAUUACUCGAAUAAAGCUUACUGAAGAUAAUUUCUUGAUAUGGUCUAAAGCUACCUAGGAUAUAGGAAGGCAUAGAAAUAUCAACUUUAUGAAUAGGAAGAUCAAAGGUCCAGACGAUGUCAGUCAUCAUAGACUAGUUGAUUGAUGUGCUCGAUAGUCAGCACCAAAGUAUUCUGAAGUGAGGUAAAGCUACCUAGUAUUCUGAAGUGAGUAUUAUAUAUAUCUUUGUCGCCAUUACGACCCUUUUACACUUGGGACACUGAAUGCCAUUAUCCACUAAAAUUUCAUACAUACUUUUAGUUUUUCCGAAAUGUUUAAUUUCAAGUAUAUUGAUGUGCUACAUUUUUUUCUUACCUGUUUCAUGUUUUAGGUACAUAUUCUUUUCUGAUAAGGUGGAAAUCAAUGAUAUCACAGGAAAGACGUGCUUCUUUGCACUUAUGGGGCCUAAAAGUUUCCAAGUUAAGGAUAUUUUAUUGCAUCCUGGAUUUGCUUUUGUGCAUUCCUAAGAAUUUAGUAUGCUCUUGUACUGAUUCUGGUCGAAGUUUUGUGGUUGUUGUGUUCAAGGUGAUGGAAGCUUUGAAACUUCAUGAUAUCAUUGGGAAGCCAUAUGGUACUCAUCAUCAUUACAGGGUAAAUAUCUACCUUUACCCUUUUCCUUUUCACUUGACUCAUCCUGAUUUUCAAUUUCUCCGACUCAGGCCCUAUUUUUCUUUAUUUCCGGCAUUAUGGUAGUUCUUGCGGCUGUUUUCUUCUUCCUCACCUCUAAGGCUGUAAGACAACCUUUCACCAAUCAAUCUUAGGAUAUGAACAACCUUUCCUUCCGACCAUCAAUUUUCUUCUUGCCGCUGGUCAGGCUCCCAUUUGAUAAAUGAAAGGGGGGGGAGCUACCCAAGUUGAAAAAUCGACCAAAAAUAUUAUGUAUGUUGAAACUAUCAAGAUACUAUCAAUCUAAUGUCUGAAUCUCCAUGUCUGGGAUAUUUCAAGUUAGGCAGAUGACAAUUGCAUGCCAAGAGGUGUGGAGCUACUAAGCUUGGUUAACCGAGCAGUUUGGAAAAUUAUGAUCAAAUAAUAAUGAAAUACUAUUAUAAUGAAAACCAUGCUCAGGACGAAGAGAGAGAAAUAAUGAAGAAUGUUGAAAGCCGAAGUUGGAACCAAAAUCUGAAGUGUUUAUAUCUAGUGCUAACAGAAUUUCUUAAUGAAAGGGCGGUAUAAAGGGCUUUAUGAUGCUCAUUUUGUCCAUCUUAAGAACCAAGUUAAUUCUCCAGACAGCGAGAAUAAUAGAUACACCAAUGUCCUGUCAGCAUCUUCAACUAAAUUCUUCGAGGCUCUAGCGGUUGGAAGAUCAAGAAAAUCAGUAGGAUAUAGUUGUGGAAACAGUUGAAGAUACCAAGUAACAGAUUUUAUUUUAUUUUUUCCUGAAAAGGAGAAGUUCGCUGGCAUUUGUAGCAGUUUAUGACCUCUGAAGAAGACAUGUAGACAAGAAGGUUCCAGUUGUACAUGAAUCGGUGUCCUCGUAAAUGUGAGGUUUCUUUUCUGAUAGAUAUAUAGUUUUUCACUUUGCAUUGAAGUUGAUUAGUGUUCCAUUGUCUUUUUUCCUCUGUAAUCAUCUGUUUCCUUCUAUUGUUCUCUUUCUCCCAUUGUUGCUCGGAGAUGUUUUACAUAGCCUCUACACACUAUGAAAAAAAUAAAGGAAAUAUUCUCAUUGAGCUCUAUUGUGCAGACCAUUCCCGGCUCAGUUGAGAUUUAGGAUAUUUUCCUCCGUUAUCCCCCCUCCUUACUCUCUCUCUCUCUCUCUCUCUCUCUCUCUCAUUCUCACUGGUCACUUAUAGCCUCUACCAUCUGCUUUCUACCUUGGGAAGGGGAAACUGGACAGCUAACGAGUACAAUGCAAUGUCAGCUACUCAUGAGGUUUUCUAGACUGUCCUCAGGCUGAAACCUCUUUCUUUCAAGGGUCAAACUUCUUCCUCAUCCCAUUCUGCGGCCUCGCUGCUUCCAUUUCCCAUGAUACAUCUCAUUGGUGGAACUCACUCAUUGCCUCACUCUGCAUGCAGGUGAAUGACAUGCCGGUCACUGUAGGAGUAGGAAGCCUCCUCUCCAAGGAGGGAUUCUCCCUGCUGAUGUCGCCCGAAUCAGCCGAACCCAUUUGGAGAACUCUCCUGCGCCAUGGGGCCGUACCGAUGGGUAACAGCGCCUGGGAAAGACUGAGGAUCCUCAAAGGUCAUAGUCCUACAUCUCAUCAGAAGUAGCUCGCCCAAAAUCCAUUAAUGGAAGAACUCUAUAAAAUAUGAACAUUUUUUUUUAAAAAAAAGAAUAGGAAAAAGGGUCUUAAUGACCUCCUCCGUGGAUUUUUUUCUUUAAAUUUAAAUACUAAGGUGCUCUAUUCUGCGCAGGAAGGCCAGCCCCUGGCAAGGAGCUCACCAAUGACUACAACAUCCUGGAGGCAGGCCUGUGGAUGACCAUCUCCCUAGACAAGGGUCUCCUCUCCUCCCCUUCACCUCUCCCAAGGGAGCUAUAAAAACACUGAUUACUAUUCACAGUCACUUACUACAAGAUACUUACAGGGUGCUAUAAGGGUCAAGAGACGGUCUCCAGACUCAUCACCUAUGACGGGGUGAAGCAAAGCUUGAGGGGGCUCCGCCUGGCGGGGCCAGCUGAGCCCGGCAGCCCCAUUACUGUGGACGGCGAAAAGGUCUGUUCUUCAUCAUUUUUCAAACCCUAAAAUGAUGGCAGCGAAAAGGUCCGUUCUUGCAGUCUGGGAAGUAAUGAGAUCUGUUUGUGAACAGGUGGGUGUGCUGACAAGCUACGCUAUGGGGAGAGACGCCGGGGAGCAUGUGGGGUUAGGGUAUAUCAAGAGGAAGGCUGCUGCUUCAGCAGGGUUGCAGGUCACCGUUGGCGACGUCCAAGGAACCGUCGUUGACGCCCCGUUCCUGUGUUACUCACUGCAGACAUGA